CGUGUACGCAGCUCGCUGGACAUGCUUACGUUUACGGGUCGGGCAUAUAUGAAAUAAAACGUCACUCCGGAGGACCGGCUGUGGAAAGACGAAAGGCCGGUGCCGGUGAUUGGGCGUCGACGUCAAAUCCACGGCGCCCUGACCAACUCGGACACUAUUCCCUCUAAUCGCGCGUACCUUUGACCUCUAUUCCAUUCCCUCCAUUUGAAUAUUCAUUCGUCUUAAUCCCUGUUCCCGUCCUUCACGUUUGCGACCAAACGCCAAAAAAAUAAAAAAGGUUCAAAUUUCUUCUAUAUAAUUCCGCCUUUCCCCGGCCCGACGGAAGUCCGCGCUUUCUCUCGCUUCCUUUCCCACCCCGCCGGCGGUGAUGAAGACUCGAAGCAGCAACAAUAGCAGCGGUAGCACCAAAAUAUCUGCAAAAUGGAUUCCGCUGAUUUGUGCUUUCUGCUUUGCACUUGGACUUGUCUUCUCUAACAGGAUAUGGGUUCCGUACGAAUCCAAUGGUCAGCAGCUCAUAUCCCAGCGCCGACGUGAACAAGAAGAAUUUCAGGCGGUAUCUGAAGAUUCCACAGCUGCUAAGAAGGGAAAAGAUGUGAUGGAUGAAGUUCUUAAGACCCACGACGCCAUUCAAUCUCUAGACAAGUCGAUUGCAAUGCUUCAGAUGCAAUUGGCAGCUUCUCGGAGUUCUCAUGAGAUGACGAGCUUAGGUGCCUCUGGUGCAGCUACCUCUGUGACUGGCUUGUCACAUGAAGGUGCGCCUCGGCCUAAGGUUUUCAUGGUUAUUGGGAUUAACACCGCUUUUAGCAGCAGGAAGAGGCGUGAUUCAGUUAGAGAGACAUGGAUGCCACAGGGAGACAAACUCGUCCAACUGGAGAGGGAGAAAGGGAUUGUUAUCCGUUUCAUGAUUGGUCAUAGUGCAACAUCCAAUAGCAUUCUUGAUCGUGCCAUUGAUUCUGAAGAUGCUCAGCAUCAAGACUUCCUAAGGCUGGAACAUGUUGAAGGGUACCAUGAACUUUCUGCAAAAACAAAGAUUUUCUUUUCCACUGCAGUAGCGAAGUGGGAUGCUGAGUUCUAUGUGAAGGUCGAUGAUGAUGUUCAUGUCAAUUUGGGUACACUAGCUGCUACCCUUGCCCGUCACCGCUCAAAGCCUAGGGUGUAUAUUGGAUGCAUGAAAUCAGGGCCUGUUCUUUCGCAGAAGAGUGUCAAGUAUCACGAGCCGGAAUAUUGGAAAUUCGGGGAAGGAGGGAACAAAUAUUUUCGACAUGCAACAGGACAAAUAUAUGCUAUUUCGAAAGAUAUUGCUACAUACAUCUCUAUCAACCAGCCAUUACUUCACAAAUAUGCCAAUGAAGAUGUAUCUCUGGGUUCUUGGUUGAUUGGUCUUGAGGUUGAGCACAUUGAUGACAGGAAUAUGUGUUGUGGGACUCCACCAGAUUGUGAGUGGAAAGCACAGGCUGGAAAUGUAUGCGUUGCAUCCUUUGACUGGAGCUGCAGUGGGAUCUGCAAAUCAGUGGAGAAGAUAAAAUUUGUCCAUGAAAGGUGUGGGGAAGGGGAAGGAGCUGUGUGGAGUGCACUUUUCUGAAUAUAUUAAGUAUGUUGGGGUGGUUUAUUAGGGAAUCCAUCACUGCUGAAAGUCAUCCAUCCACUUAAGGCGUUCUGGGGGCAAUGAAGCAGUUGAGAAGGGAUGAAAGCUGCAAUGUGAUUCCUGAAGAUAGAAUGCACUGGCUAACAAACCCCGUCUCAGAAGCAUUGACUAUUUGAAGAGGGUAAAGGGUAGAGCUUGUACAGAUUAUGUUGAUGCAAAUUUGGUCCUUCUAGUCCAUAGAACGUUGUUGCUCACAAUGUUACCCCUUUAGGAGGCAGCGCAGCAGGGCUUGGCAAUGGGAUACUAGCUAAACUCUUGCCUUGACAGAACUUGGUUAGAUACUAUUGAUUAUACAUACAUUUGGCAUACGUGUCCAAAACUUUGGAAAGCAAGUACUUUUGUAUCAGCGAUUCAUGAUAAGUUCAGUUAGGCAAAUGAAAAAGAAACGACGUU